UUAUAAUAAUGUCAGUUUCUAGACAAGGUAAAUCCAUCCUCACCAGGCUCUCUGCUGGUAACGUCACUCAGCAUAACCCUGACUUAAGGCCAGAGACUCAGAAAAAGUUCGGCUUUCUUUCCUCCAUGAACAUGGGUAUCGAAAGCACGUCCAAACCAUUUAUCGAGCAGCAGACUGUCUUCCAGUGGGCUGGCCACAGAAACGAAUUGCUCUACUUGUUUGCAUUCUUGGCUCUUGGGUACUGGAUGAAAAGCUCCAAACUCAGAUACGAAGAUAGUCUCAGGAAAGGGUCUGUAGCGACUAAUACUUAUGCAAAGAUGGACUUAUCAACUGCAUCCAGAGAAUUCACUAAAUCCAUUCAAUAA